CGGUGCCCCGAGACGAUGCUGCUGCCCCCGCUGCGGAGAGCGCUGCUGGGCUGCCCCCGCGCUGGGCUGCGAUGGCAACACCGUAUAGCUGUAGAGGUGACCAACGAACCCAUUCUGGAGUUCAAGCAGGGCAGCCCGGAACGAGCGGCUCUUCAGAAGGCGCUAAACGAUCUGAAGGGCAAGACGGAGGCCAUCCCGUGCGUGGUGGGGGGAGAAGAGGUGUGGACAUCAGACGUCCGGUACCAGUUGUCGCCGUUCAAUCACUCGCACAAGGUGGCCAAGUUCUGCUAUGCGGACAAGGACUUGCUUAACAAAGCAAUCAACGCCGCCGUGGCCGUGCGGAAGGAAUGGGACCUGAAACCCAUCCAGGACAGGGCACAGAUCUUCUUCAAGGCGGCCGACAUACUGAGCGGCCCAAGGCGAGCGGAAAUGCUGGCCAAAACCAUGAUUGGGCAGGGCAAAACCGUCAUGCAGGCGGAAAUCGACGCAGCCGCGGAGCUGAUAGAUUUCUUCCGAUUCAACGCCAAGUAUGCGCUGGAGCUGGAGAACUCUCAGCCCGUCAGCAUCCCCAUCAGCACCAACAGCAUGGUCUACCGGGGGCUGGAGGGCUUUGUGGCAGCUGUUUCGCCCUUUAACUUCACUGCGAUUGGCGGGAACCUGGCAGGGGCUCCGGCUUUGAUGGGAAACGUGGUCCUGUGGAAACCCAGCGACGCCGCCAUGCUGUCCAACUUCACCAUCUACAGGAUCCUCCUGGAAGCUGGUCUCCCUCCAAACGUCAUUCAGUUUGUCCCGGCUGACGGAGCUGUUUUUGGAGACACGGUCACAAGCUCUGAACAUUUCUGCGGGCUCAACUUCACGGGCAGCGUGCCAACCUUCAAGCACCUUUGGAAGCAGGUGUCGGAGAACCUGGAUCGAUACCGCACCUUCCCGCGCCUGGCAGGAGAGUGCGGCGGGAAGAACUUCCACUUCGUGCACAGCUCAGCCGACGUGCCCAGCGUGGUGAACGGGACCCUGCGCUCGGCCUUCGAGUACAGCGGCCAGAAAUGCUCGGCCUGCUCCCGCCUCUACGCCCCCGACUCGCUGUGGCCCCAGAUCAAAGCGAAACUGUUGGAGGAGCACAGGAAGAUCAAAGUGGGAGACCCUGCCCAGGAUUUCGCGACCUUUUUCUCGGCUGUGAUCGAUGACAAGUCUUUUGCACGUAUUAAGAAGUGGAUCCAACACGCCAAGACGUCGCCCAACCUCAGCAUCCUGGCGGGGGGGACGUGUGAUGACACCGUUGGGUAUUUUGUCGAGCCGUGUAUCGUGGAGAGCAAAGACCCAAAGGACCCCAUCAUGGAAGAGGAAAUUUUUGGCCCAGUCCUGACUGUCUAUGUCUAUCCAGAAAAGCAGUACAAGGAAAUCCUACAGCUCAUAGACACCACAUCCCCCUACGGCCUCACGGGGGCAGUGUUCGCCCAGGAUAAGCACGUCAUCCAGGAAGCGAGGACGCUUCUGAGGAAUGCAGCUGGCAACUUCUACAUUAACGACAAGUCGACGGGUGCAAUUGUGGCCCAGCAGCCAUUUGGGGGUGCCCGUGCCUCAGGAACCAAUGACAAACCGGGCAGUCCCUUCUACCUCCUGCGCUGGACGUCUCCCCAGGCCAUCAAGGAGACCCACGUGCCCCUCGGAGACUGGCAGUACGCGUACAUGCAAUGA